GAUAUGAAGUCUAAUCGAAGCGGAACCCUGAGCACCCUGCGCGUAUUUGUCGAUGCAGUUGUGCAACUAAGCGCUUUCGUUUGCUUCGCUUACGGGAGUAAUCUGAGUGAAGGGGGAGGAGAACAGAAAGGGGGCGGAAGGCUGCUAGCCGCUUACGUCCAAUUUGUUGCUGUUGCCUCAGUUGACGUAAUUGUGGUCAGGGUAAACCGUUGCAUCGACGUGACUGCUGAAAGCAACAUGGAUGAAGACCUAGAUGGUAUUGAUGAUAAUGAAGACUAUGAACUGCAGUUGACGAUACUUGUGUACCUUAAAUUAUUUCAGGAAUAUUCAGAUGAUACAGGUAGUGAACCAGACGUUGAUUUAGAAAACCAGUACUAUACAGCGAAGACUCUAAAGGAUGAAAAGAAAAUUGAUGAAGCCUUGCAGGGUUUUGAAAGGGUUCUUGAACUUGAAACUGAAAAAGGCGAAUGGGGGUUUAAGGCGUUGAAACAAAUGGUUAAAAUUACGUUUGCCACCGGAGAUUACGACUCUAUGAUUGAGUAUUAUAAGAAACUGUUGACUUAUAUUAAAACUGCAGUAACAAAAAAUUACUCGGAGAAAUCAAUUAAUGCUAUACUUGAUUAUAUAUCAACAUCAAAACAAAUGGAUCUACUACAAACUUUUUAUGAAACCACUCUUGACGCCCUGAAGGUGGCGAAAAAUGAACGCUUGUGGUUUAAAACAAACACAAAGCUUGGAAAACUUUAUUUUGACAGGAAGGAGUUCAGUAAGUUGGAGAAGAUCGUCAAGCAGCUUAGAGCUUCAUGCAAGAAUGAAUUGGGGGAAGAAGAUCAGAAGAAAGGUACUCAGCUGCUCGAAAUAUACGCUCUAGAAAUACAGAUGUACACGGAGCAAAAAAACAAUAAGGCGUUAAAAGCUCUGUAUGAACAGAGUUUGCACGUUAAAAGUGCUAUUCCACAUCCUCUUAUCAUGGGUGUUAUUCGAGAAUGUGGCGGAAAGAUGCAUUUGAGAGAGGGUCAGUUCGAAAAGGCGCAUACUGACUUUUUUGAAGCUUUUAAGAAUUAUGACGAAAGUGGCUCGAGUAGAAGAAGCAACUGCUUAAAAUAUCUCGUCUUGGCUAAUAUGCUUAUAAAAUCUGACAUCAAUCCAUUUGACAGCCAGGAAGCAAAGCCUUUUCGUGCUGAUCCUGAGAUCGUUGCAAUGAAUAAGCUUGUAGGUGCAUAUCAGAACAAUGAUCUUUUAGGAUUCGAAAACGUCUUGGAAGAAAACAGGGAAGCGAUUAUGGCUGAUCCCUUUAUACGUGAACACAUAGAAGAGUUGUUGAAUAACAUUCGGUCUCAGGUUCUUGCUCACGUCUGCAGCCCUUAUAGCAGAGUAACUCUGGCACAUCUUUCAAAGGAGCUUAGGAUUGAUCUUGAAGAAGUUAAGUCUCUGCUUUCUGAAUUAAUCCUCGAUGGGACGAUAUCUGCUUCCAUUGAUGAAAUCAACGGAGUGCUUUUGUCGAAUUCUGUUACUGCCGCUCCAAGGUUGAGAAACAGCUCUGGAAUCAUUGAUCAAUGA